AUGGCCGAGGGGGACAUACCUCAUGACGACCCUGAGAAGCAUAAGGAAGGAACAGAGCAAGCCGACGCCACGAGCGGAUCGCAACCUCGUCCGUGCAUUCGCUUACAAUGCCAAGCAGGCCUUUCUUCACACACCAGAGUCUCGAGCUUUGCGGCCGAGCCCGUCACAAGCAAGCAAGGGUCCUACAGCUUUAGCUCAAAGCGCAAUGCAAUGAGCCGCCGAUUGCGGCCGGAGUUGGAGGGAAACAUACUCUUCUUGACAAAGCCGAGAAGCCAUUGUUGCGCCUCCAUACUGCACUCCGCAAAUCCUGAUGCCUUUGAGACUGAUAAUGAAAGUCAGGGCGCACUGAACCCUGUCGUGUACAUUGCAGCGCUUGUACGAAUGCACUAG